CUUUGUAUUGUUCACAAGCAGGCUUGCAGCGAGCUCCUAAGCGAGCAAGCAAGCAAGCGUGUUUGUGAGGUGCGUGUCGUGGUGGCCGCGAGUAGUGCGUCACUUCUAGUGGCCGUGUUGAAUCAGAAGAUUAUUAUCAUCGUGUGAAAAGUUCGUUCUCUUCAUCGCAAGGAAAAUAACUGCUUCGCGAAUAGGCGUGGCCCUUGUGGCCGUUGCUUCGUCAAUCUUAACCUCGUUGCAACAACCGAGUACUACUGCAUCGUUCAUAGCUGAGGAAGAUCGGGAGUUUUGAGGUACGCCGUUUGUGUGUGAGUGUGUAUGUAUGAGGUACACGUUUUUUGUUGUUAUAACACCGUUGGUGUAUAAGUGUGUAUGGGAGGUUGAAUAUUAGUGAAUAGUGAGCAGUUAGGAAUCGGCACUUUGUAAGAAACGAGUGGACGGCGACAUAAAACAAAAUGGAAGACUCCGUGAAUGACUACGCGUCGUCUCUGCAUGACCUCACAACGAACUCGAAGCCACUCAUCACAAUGUUAACGAUGUUAGCCGAUGAUAAUCGGCAAUACGCUGAAAGCAUCGUCGCCGUCAUCGAAGACUACCUUAAACGGAGUUGUGCCAAAAUCAAGCUUCCGACGUUGUACUUAAUAGAUUCUAUCAUCAAAAAUGUUGGAGAACCGUACAAAAAGCUGUUCAUAGAAAAUAUCAUCAAAAUUUUUCUAGACGUAUUUCAAGAGGGUGACGAGAAAACUCGCUCUGCAUUGUACAAGCUCCGGCAAACGUGGAAAGGGCUGCUUCCAGACGGCAAGCUUUAUAUGAUUGAUGCUCUUACAAAGGGGAUCGACCCCAAUUGGCCAAUUUGUCCUACAUUGGAGCAUUUGGCCAACAAUAUUCACCUAAACCCGAAAUUCUUCGGAAGGCAGCCGCCUAUUAUUGAGAUACAUGAAACUGAAACGAGUCACAAAGACAAGGUUACCACCGUCAAGGAGGCUGUCGCGUCAGCAGAGCAGAAGAUGGUUGACGUGAGUAAACAACGACAUCCUCGAGCAGCACCUGACGGUCAAACUAUUUCUUUAGAUCGCGAAUCCGGUGAAAACCUUCGCAUAACUGAGCUCUCGGCCAAUCGAUCGGAUCAACGCAGGACCGACCCUCGGCUCAAACGAAGACAACAGCAACCGAUGCAGCUGUUCGAGCAACAGUUAUUACAACCUGACGUUGUAAUGGCAGAGAAGGCUAAAAACUCAGAUCUGUUUAGUGGCAAGGAAAGUUUAAGUGGUACUGCAAGUAGUAGCGGAAAAGCAAGUGACAAGAAGUCGUCGAUAAAGCGAACCCGUAGUAGUGAAAAAGAACAGCAAAGGGUUAACGGCAAACGGCAGACGAGCGAUAGUCAUAGUGGCAGUAGUAAAGAGCGGACUACGUCAUCGAAGUCCAACAAAGAUAAAACAAGUUCUUUUUCACCAGAAGACAGAAAAUCGUCACGGAGCGCUGCGGGUGGAGGAAAUUGUAAAAAGUCUUCAAAAUCAUCUUCCUCCUCAUCAACGUCAUCUUCCUCUUCAUCACGUGUUGCCACAAAGACUGUCGCAAGUCAGUUGCAAGCCCCAAGCAAUAAAUCGCCAACUAAGUCUGCCGGAGAGACCCCUACCGGUCUCCGUGGAGGACCAUCACUCGCCGACAAAGAAGCAGCUGCUAUUCUAACUGGAGAUGUCGAUCUUAGAAUAUUGGAGCCUCAUGCUAAGAAGCCGAAAACGGAAACUACUGUAGUACCCGAGCCUGUCGCUCCCUUAGAAUUAUUCCCCAAAGGAGACAUUGAUCUGCGGAUCCGACCCACAGGAGGUGUAAGCGAUCCUGGACAACCCCUAGUUUCAUCAUCGACAGCCACCGACCGAAAUGUCGGUGAGCAACAGGGCUCAACUCAUCAAGGCAUUAUCAAAAACAAUGUUGACGAAGACGAAGAAGAAGAGUUUGAUAAAGAAGCGCAGUGGGCCAAACUAAAGGGACGACCUGUUAGAAAUCCCACAAUGGCCACAAUCCAAGAGCGUGGUACAAGGAAGGAUACCACUAGCGAAGAUAGGGGGAACGUUGCCACUUCUUCUACAAACUCUCAUGCAACUGUUCCAGCUGUUAGUGAGCUUGUUCGGGCAGGAGCAACUGAGUCAGGGGUGGCAGCCUCAGGUUUACGACCUCCAGCCCAUAUGCCUGGCUCGCAAGGAGCUCGUAUACCGAUGACUGUACUACCCAUCGUGGACGUCACCCCAAAACAGAACGCUAUUCCAGACCUCUUCCCACCUGGACGCAGUCGAGCUCACAUAAAGAUUUCUGACCCAGCUCCGGACAGUGGACAGAUUCGUUUGGACGGUCGUAUGCGGGAGGUCCGCUUUGUUGACGGAGUAGCCAUAGCUGUUAUGGACGAAGCUCCACCUAAUUUCGUUCGCGCUCGUCAGAUUAUGUUUAAGGGCGGCAGUAGUAAAAAGAUCCUCAUCAAUGAACAUCAUCAAAUAAUGGCUGCCUUUGAUGGUAGAGAACAUGAGUUUACCUUGAAUAAUAAUCGCCACAGGAUUCGUUUUGGUGCACCACUUCGCGAACUCUAUGUUGACGGCAUUCCGUAUUCAUGUCAGUUCAACGGAGUUCCGGUAUACAUUCGUAGCCGUGAAGAUGUGUUUUCCGUGACGCUGCAUCCACCAUGUCCGAGUGUCAACGACAAGAUGGAAGCCCCUAAGGAACUGCUUGCCAAACUUGGAUUGUUGCCUAUGCCUCCGGAUAGUUUAACGUUAGGUCCGGGUGGGUGUGUCGUCGGCAUGCUUCCUCCUGGUGGCCAAGUACCUAUAGCGCCGAUCGGUGCCCCCAUGGGGAGUGCACCGGCCCAUCUGAUGGGAGGACCAAGCACUGGGGGAUGGGUUCGAUACCAAGAUGAUCGCAUGAGCCCCGCACCUCAUUUAGGACCUCCCGGACCGCCAGGCCCUCAUCCACCGCCUGGAAUGUAUCCACCUCCCGGAAUGCCCCAUGGAAUGGGGCCACUACCUCCUCCUGGGAGUUUCGGACCGGGUCAUCCCGGCCCUCCGGGAAUGUUCGGUCCCCCGCCUCCAUCGGCUAUGGGUGGUCCAAUGCCUGGACCACCAAUGGGUCCGGGACCAUACGGACCUAUGGGCCCCCCAGGAAUGAUGCCCUACGGACAACAACCGCAUCCGGGUAUGCAUGGCCAUCCCCAUAUGAUUGGGCCUGCUGGAGGAAUACUCCGUCCUCCAAUAGGCCCUCCCAUGGGACCCCCUCGGCCGCAGGAACGCCGAAUGCCAGCACCACCAAGUGUAGUGGCUCCAGUAACUGCCCCUGUCAGCCUAACUCCUGUUGCAUCCGUUACUCCUGCUGUGCAACCGGUGAAUGUGUCAGAUCUGCUUAGCCAGUUGGUUAAUUACGGUAUUAUUGGUGGUUCUUCAACAACAUCAACUACUGAAAGCGUUCAAGGUUCAACAGAUUCUUCAGAGAAAAAGCCCACUGGCAGCAUUCUUAACCCUACAAUCAUAAAGGAAGAGAUCCCCAAACUUAGCUUUAAACAAACUGACCAACUCAAGCAACGCUAUGGAGGCGUGAUUUCAGCUCUACAUGAUGGCCUUCAGUGUGCUACAUGCGGGCAGCGCUUUAAGCAGGUUGACAAGAACUCUGAUAAAUAUGCUCAACAUCUUGACUGGCACUUUAGGAUGGCUCGAAAGGAGCGAGAAGGAUUGAAGAAGGCCUCAUCAAGAAAGUGGUUCUACGAUAUUACGGACUGGGUUCAAUUUGAGGAGGUUGAAGAUAUAGAAGAUCGCGCGAGAAGCUACUUUGAACUACAGGAAGCACAACAUGAUGCAACGAGCCAGGACAGCCAGGCACCUGUCGUACAAGAAGUUCCGUCAGUUCCAGCUAAAGUUAUUGAUCAUGGUGACAAUACGUGUGUGCUAUGUCGGGAACCCUUCGCAAAUUUCUUCUGUGAAGAAAACGAAGAAUGGCGUUUGAAGAACGCAAUUCUCUACGAGGGUCAGCUCUUCCAUCCAGGAUGCCACGAAGACUAUUUAAAGCCUGCACGAAAACCUAGUCCGGAGGUCAAAGAAGAGCCGGAGGAUGACCAAAGCGAAGUGAACAAGGACGUCAUCAGUGAAAGCGAGAAAAAAAUGGACAUUGAGGAGCAACGGCUAGAAGGAAUUGACGACGGAAGUCAACCUUUGCCAGGACUCGACUUUGCGCCAACAUCGGAAGAAUUGCCUUCAAAUAAAGUCAAAACAGAUACGGCUGAGCAGACUGUAAGUGAGGAAGCGGUAAAAUCUGAACCCAAAGGUGAAACAGAAAAAUCUACAGAGAAUGAGGAGCCCAUGGAAGAGGAUUUGAAUGAUACAGUACGGGCAGCCGAGCAGUCCGUAGUAGUUGAGGAGCUAGGGGAGUUUGGCGUAGACAACCUUCCUCCAUCCGUUGAACAUGGCUAUGACCUCAAGGACGAAGAAAAGAGUCAGGAUUCCUCUGUUGGUGUUGAAGGCCUUUCUGAGGAGGCAAAAAAACAGCAACAUGAGUCGUGUGAGCAUCAGGAACAGGCAGACACUAUUGCGAAACAGGACAGCCCUCAAAAUCAGUUUGAUGAGUCAGCAGAUCAUUCUACAACUAGUAAGCUGAAGGUGUUCAAAGGUUCCGGAGGGUUUAUCCUCAAGGUCAAACAGGAAACAAUGACAAAUGGUGGUGACGCAAGGGGUGGGGUUUCGCAGGAGAAGAGCUCACAAGACAGUGGCGUUGGUCUUGAAGAACAUGAAGACUACGGACAGAACGACGAUGAUGAGGAAUGGGUCCCACCUCAACCUGACCCAGCUUUCAAGAAUUUGCCAAUGGUUAAGCGUGGGGCCGAGGAGAGUGGCCUGUGUAGUAUAAUGUAAACAUUACAAAGACGUUGUUAGAUAAACUAACAUAUAUAUGUAUAGAAGUCUAUGUGAUAGCUAUGAGACUAUAAGGAAAAGAAAGGGCAGCAAUGGGGCGUACAAUCAUAGGUCGACAUUUUUUCAAUCCAAGGAGAGUCCUAUUAGAACUUAAAUUGACCACCAUAAUUUCAGUCUAUCUGCCAGCAAUCAGAAUAUAGCAUAGCCUCUUCCACACUAAAUUAGAGCGAGUAAUUGCUAAUUGUAGUUUUCUGAUUGUUUGGUUUUACGUUGUUAUACUGUACUAGACGACGUGAACGCCAUUGAAAGCGUUUGUUUGCCUCGCGAAUUCUUAGCGGCAAAAAAAUUUUUGAACACUUCUCUGCCUACGAGUUAAAUGCGUCAUAUAAGUGUGACGACACCAUAUUGUUUGGUGCAAUUUGUGAUUAGAAACAGCAGCGAGAGGUUUAGCUUGUUUAUUUGAUAUUAAGACCGCAAGAGGCAUGACGAUGUUGCCAAACCUUACUGCCCAUGUUUGUAUGUGCGUGUGUAAAUAUAACAACAAUGUAUCGGCAUGAUGAAUUGCUUGGGUCGCUGUUGAGAGAGAUACUGAACGACACUUGUGACGUUUCUAAGUGAUUGCGGGUAGUAGCUGUAAAAGUGAAAAGGAACAUUGUCACAAAGUACAGUUAGGUUCGUCCCUCGCUUUAACGAUUGUAUAUAACGUAUGAGAAGAGAAUGACGAAUAUUUUGAGUAUUUAUAUUUCUUGCUAUGUUGUAGCAGGCAAAAGCUGUAUGUAAAAUGAAGUGAGACAAGGAAGCAGCAGAGAGCUACCAUAGACAUACGCGCGUAAAGUGAAUCAAUCAAUCAAUUUCUUGCGACUUGCAUGUAGUGCAUAGUCGGUAUUUUCGUACUGCUCUGAUGAUAUCCGAUUCACAUAAGUUCACAAAUUCAAUUACCUUGCUGACGUUUUCACAUGUAGGCAUCGGGUUUUGUAUGUAUACAAUAAGAAAGAGAAACAUGAACAGGAAUAGACAUAAGGAUUACUACUACAGAAAAAGUGGAAACACUCGGAUAAAGCUUAGAGAAGUUUUUCAUUAAGCCAAACAUAAACAUCUACUGGGUAUGUUUCCACAGUUUCUAGUGAUCUAGAUAUUCAACGAUCUCAUGCCGAACUUCGUGUUCGAGCAAAGUGACGGGCAAAUUGGAAUUGUUUGAUCAGGUAACCUCAGGUGACAAAUGUUCCAAUUCUAAUUCGGUGAUUUAAUGUUGUUGCGUUGUUGAAAUGCCAAGAUGACAUGACAGGAUUAAGUUGUUAUGAAUAGAAGUAACUGAAAAAAAUAAAAAAAAUACCAAAAAAAAACGUUUAAGAAACGAACUUAGCUCUAAAGGCUAAAUACGCCAGUGUAUACUUUUGAUAUUAAGGAUUACAUAGGUAUGACUAAAGGAAUGCUGAACCAUUUAGAAUUAUGCAUUUAUGAAUAUUCAAUUAUCCGAUUAUUGAAACUGAAAGCAUGAAAUUUGUCCAUAAAAAUACCAAAACUGGGUUAAAAAAAUUAAAACAAUACGGGCAUUAAUAUCACACGCUUACAUGAAACUUAUCAACGUCUAACGCACUAGUUAGUAGCUAUAUGACAGGUACUACACGCGAAUUCAAGGUAACGGAUACAAAGGUUCAACGCGUUGUCCGAGAUCGUAGGAUGGCAAAUUUGCUCAAUUCAAAAGACGGAGUAGAGCAAGAUAAAGGAGCAUCUGCUGUACGAAGACAUAUUUAAGCAAAUAAAUCGA